GGCUGGCCGGCGCGCCGGGCUUUGGCGGACUCAGAGGCACCCUGCAGAACCUGCUUCCCGGAGCGCGGCGGAGCCUGGUCCCGGGCUGUCCCCGGAGUGGGCCAUGCCCCCGCGGGAGCUGAGCGAGGCCGAGUCGUCCCCGCUCCGGGCCCCGACCCCUCCCCCGCGGCGGGGCAGCGCGUCCCCGGAGCUGGGCAUCAAGUGCGUGCUGGUGGGCGACGGCGCCGUGGGCAAGAGCAGCCUCAUCGUCAGCUACACCUGCAAUGGGUACCCCGCGCGCUACCGGCCCACAGCGCUGGACACCUUCUCUGUGCAAGUCCUGGUGGAUGGAGCCCCGGUGCGCAUUGAGCUCUGGGACACAGCGGGACAGGAAGAUUUUGACCGCCUUCGCUCCCUUUGCUACCCGGAUACUGAUGUCUUCCUGGCCUGCUUCAGCGUAGUGCAGCCCAGCUCUUUCCAGAACAUCACAGAGAAAUGGCUGCCCGAGAUCCGCACUCACAACCCCCAAGCUCCUGUGCUGCUGGUAGGCACCCAGGCCGACCUGAGGGACGAUGUCAAUGUAUUGAUUCAGCUGGACCAGGGGGGCCGGGAGGGCCCAGUGCCCCAACCCCAGGCUCAGGGUCUAGCGGAGAAGAUCCGGGCCUCCUGCUACCUCGAGUGCUCUGCCUUGACGCAGAAGAACUUGAAGGAGGUGUUUGACUCAGCUAUUCUCAGUGCCAUUGAACACAAAGCCCGGCUGGAGAAGAAAUUGAACGCCAAAGGUGUGCGAACCCUCUCUCGCUGCCGAUGGAAGAAGUUCUUCUGCUUUGUUUGAACAGCCACAGCAGCUAGGGAGUAAUAGGCAUAAGACCACAGACUUCUGGAAACUGGGGUACUGGGGCCUUUGAGGGGGAUACUGGCAGGGCCAGGCCACCUCAUGGGACUUAGUUCCACCUGAACACUGUGAGGACACAGGCCUCUAAUUGCCCACUGUAAUAUGCAAGGGUGGGCCCAGGGCCUGGAGGAGGCAAGGCUCUGAGUUGGAUUUCUGUGGUCAAAGAUCACAGAGAAAUCCCAGCACUCUGAUUUUUGUGGGGUGGUCCUAGCAGUGUCAUCCACCGCUAAGCAGUUUGGGAUCCAGCUCCCAGUUUCUUACCAGGAGACCUCAGGUCAGCCUGGCUGAAUUAGGACCCCUUGUGGUGGUCCCCACCCCUUCCUUGGCACAGGGGUGAGGAAGAGCCUGGCAAGAGCAGGAGGGUGGAGAACUUAGAGAGCCGUUUGGGAUGGACUGGAUAAGACAGAGGUCAAUGAGAGAUUGAAAGGGAGCAGAAAGUGAGGCCUUGGAGCCUUGGGGCUGGAGGGAGGCUGGUGAGGAGGCAGGUCAGAGGGCUAAGCUUGGAAGGAGGAAGAGCAGGGAGAGCAGAGAAGUGGGGCAGCUGAGGAGCAAGGCUGACACCUGGGCUGCCCUCAGGCCCCAGGACCACGGUGGGCGGGGCUGGUCCCUGGGAAGAACUGGGACUCAGGGCUCCCUAGGCACUGCCCAAACUGGCUGGGCCAGGAGCAGGGCAGGAAGUGAGAGGCAAGGCCCAGCAAGAGGAGGGGGAGGAGCUGCAAACUAGAGCCUGAAGGAAGAAGGGGCUGGGGUCGCCCCUUCCUCCAAGGCCACAGCCUAGAAGGUAGAGAGCAGUACAGAGUCUGCAAAUAAAGCCUUAAGUUUCUGAAGCUGCUGUCUCUGUGUCAUUUCCUGGAGCUGUCUGCCCAUUGCUCUCUCAGAGUCCUCUUCAGGACCCAAUAGCCAGGAUAGAUAGGUUGGGUACUGAAGGACUGAGGCUAGACUGAGAGGUGGGGCUGCACUAGAUGAGACAGUGUGAUGGGAACUGGACUGGGGGGGGGGACAGGUCUGGGGCUCCCCACUUGGAGCUUAGCUGGUUCCCAGGAGAGCUAGCGUGGGAAGCAGCCUAGGAACGGGUUUCCCCAGGUGUCAGCGCCAGAGCUGCUUUCCCAUGACCUCACCAGGCGGGUAGUGCCCCUCCCCUCUCCCCCUCCUUUCUAGAGCACCUCGCUCAUCACUGGGGCUCUGGGCAGUGCUAGGCCCUCUAACCUUCCUGCUCUGAUCCUUCUAACUGUCCACAGGGUCUCGGGGUAGGGGGCCACUUGGCUCAGAGCCUGAGAAUGACAUAACUCCAUACAGCCUAAACCUCAACCACUGGCCAAACUUCUGGGUCAAGUUGGUUGGACCUAGUCUUCAGUCUUGGCACUCAAAGUCCACAUAAGGACCGACUAAAGGUCAAGGUGCGUGUUUUCAGUAAUUUAAAUAGCAGUUUAGACCCAGAAAUCCUGGGGAGUGAGGGUUUAUUGGGUGAUGACUUGGAGAGGAGCAGGGAUCCAGAGAAGAUUCCCUGGAAUUGGAGCUAGAAGAAACUUUAAAGGGUACCUUGGGGGGAAACACACACUUUCUUUACCCACAAAGAAAGUGAGCCCUGGAGAAAAAAGGUAAUACCUCAAGUGCAAACUAGAGUUCCAUACAUGGGUAAGUGUUAUUCCUAUGGAGAGGUAUUUCUAAGGCACACCUGCUAAGCAACUGCUGGGCUAGGUGAGUGUGCACCCUUGUCCCAGCCCGGCUCCCUCUGCAGGAAGUAACAGCUGCCUGUGUAAAGAGCAGGGCUGAGGGACAGAAAUCCUAGUCAAGUGAAAUCUUAGAUAAUCUCCCAAUUUAGUUUUAGCCAAGACUAUCCAGCUCCUAUCCCACCAGGGCCCAUCCCCAAGAGCUCCAGCCAUCCCAUCUGCCCUUGUCCCCUUGCCCCUCAGGUAGAGGUGCUGGGGCUGUACUAUUGCAGCCAGGUUCUGAGGGGUCUCACACCCCAGCUAAACAGCCUCUGUUACCGCAACCCAGCCUAACUCACAUCCCUCUAGGGCAGAGACCUGGGUUCAAGUUCAGGCUGUGACAUCAACCAUGACCUUAAGCAAAUCAUUUCCCUUCUGUGUGCCUCAAAGUCCUCAUUUGCAACAUGAAGGACUCAGGAUUCUGGGGAUGCCUGGCUGGCUCAUUCAGUAGAGCAUGUGAUUCUCAAUCUUAGGGUUGUGAGUUCAAGCCCAUGUUGGCCAAUGAAUCUACUUAAAAAAAAAAUACUCACUAUAGUGGAAUAAAGGUUUUCAAACUGCUCCAAGGGGACUCAGAGGUGCCAUGAAAUGGGGGAGUAAGUCUAAUCAGGUGAUCUCGGAGGGCCCCCCCCCCCCCACCUCCAGCUUCUUCCCUAACUCUCUGAUGGUACCAGCACAUCCAUGGCACUAUGUCUCUUCUGCUGGGUCACUGAGCCUGGUCGGCACCUCUGUCAGCCUUGCCCUCUCCAUCCCUGCCACUGCUGCUCUCCAUCUAGGUCCUCCAGUGUUGCUGCCUUCACUUUGGCAGCUCUCUGACUCAGGACUGUUACCAGCCCUCGUUGCCUGCAGUGAACUCCCAGGCCCUCAUUUAGCAUUCAAGGCCUUUUCAAAUCUGACACCAACCUGGACCAGGCCAGCUGGUCCCAGUGAUCCCAUUCCCUGAUCCCCAAUUAUUUUUUGACUUCUGAUGCCCAAGUCUUUGCUUUUGCCAAAUCCUUUAGUUUGCAAAGUACACCCACCCCACCCCUCACCACCCUGUGUCCUGUUUCUCUUCUGACCAUCCAAUACUCCCCUUUUCCAGGAAGUGUCUCUUACUGGUAUUAGUGUCUGCACUGCUCUCUUGGCAUUUCAAGGGCACUCUGAAUUUGGUUACUUACUCAGGCUGCAUCUUCCCAGCAAAAUAGAAAGUCCUCUUAUGCCUCUGUGCUCCCAUGGGGUCUUGGACUCAGGCAAUGUUUGCUGCUGGCCCUUAAGUGCUUAUGAUAAAAAGCCAACCAGUGAGCCAUGGAAGGGACUCUGAGGUUCAAGUUCAGCUCCAGAUAUGUGUUACUGAAGCCUGGAGGUAGGCCUAAGAGCAAUGGCUUGCUGGAAAGGCCCUCAGAGACGCAGGGACCAACCCCAUGCAGGACAGGUGGGAUUUACCUCUGGUUCCAAACCCACCAAUCACUCUGCUUCUGUUUCUCUCUAUAAUAUCUAUUUUUAUCUCUUUCCUUUGCCCUUUUCCUCUCUCUUUCCAGUCUUGAAUCUAAAUUUAAAAGUAUUAAUUAUAUUAAUCAGAUAAAAUUGUGUGUUUCUUACAUCUACAUUCUUCCAUGGCCUUAUGGAUGUAAAUUGUUUUGUUUUUUUUUUUAAGUUUAUUUAUUUUGAGAAAGCCAGAGACAGU